AUGUUGUGGAUAAAAUCGCGGACUAUGAAGCAAAAAAGGUUGUGCAAGAUACUGUUUGUGUUCCUUCUAGGAUUUCCUUGCACCCAUGCAGAAACGACUGAGGCGAGUGUCCCAAACACCACAGCCUGUGAUCCAUUUUGCGGCUGUGAUGGGUUAUAUGUUUACGAUAGUGUAAAAAAAGGAUGCGUUCUAGACUUGCCAAACCUAAUGAAGAGAGUCGUAGUAAACUAUGACAGCCAAAGUGAUGAGUUAAUCAAUCAAGAAGGAAUGUCAAGGUCCAUCUACAUUGAAGGCCAAAAACUAUUUAAAGGCAUCAUAAUAUCCGUAAUAUUAUUUAUAACAUGUGCCAGCCUUUGUGUUGUGUCUGCUUGUAUAUACUGUUGCAAGAUAAACUACUCGGAUCGUAAGUUGAAACAAGAAGUUGAAGCAUUAGCGAAAAAAAUGCACAAGACAAAUAUUUUGAAAAAAGAGCAUAAAAAGCCCAUAGACGAUCCAAAGGCUCAAAGCUAUUCGUACUGCGAUACAGAAAGUAAUGUAUACAUUGUAAUCAUGAUAGGCAGUCCAUUGAUUGAAUUUAUCUUCACCACCGUGUCACUAAUAGUGGCGAUGAUGUUGGCUGCCAUUUUUUGUUGCAUCUACAUCAGACUCAGUGACACAUGGUGGGCGAGAAGACAGAACCUUGCGUGUCAAUGCCUUGGAAAAAACGUGCCCCGUAAUUCGCAUGAACCUACAGCGAAAGAUGAAUGUUGCACAAUUUUUGUUCCAGAUGUAGCUAUAGUAUUAUAA